AUGCUACUAGGAGGUUCAGUCUUAACCGUUGUUUCUGUACCAUUUCGCAUCCUGGAAUAUUUAAGUAUAGAGUUAUCGACUUCAAAUAGUUGUGCAAUGGGCAAGGUCGGAGAACAUUGGCGAGAUGUGAAGGCGCACCGAAAGAGACAGAAGAGACAGAAGCUUGAAAACCCACCGCGCCGUCGAUGCUGGGAUUGGAUGCUGGUAAUGGGUAGCUGUCACUAUGCCAGAAAUCGCUCGUCCUUUAAGGAAUACCGUCGAGUGGGACGAAAAGUUACAACCGCCGUGAUCCCCGGGGACGUCUAUGUCGCUGGCGUGGGGACCGUCGAAUUGAUGGAGGGUCGCCAGCACAUCGGCUUAUAUUGCAUAAUGUUCUGCAUAUUCCAAAUGCUAUCUGUAAUGGCUUUUGCUUUGCAAAAUAUCAUCGCCGUUUUGGCGGGUCGACGAGUUUCGCGAAAGAUGGUAUGCAGUCAAAUGACGCCGAAGGUCAUCCUCUCUGGUAUGGUGAGGAGUUCCAUGGGGUGGACCGGCUGGCCUUGGAUGGAAACCCACAGGGAGAAACGCUUCUCUCUGAUGGACCCAAGCUCCUUAGUCUCUAUAUUCGUCCAGAAGACCUCGAGGAGAUUCUGUCCUAAGUUUAGUACGGCGGGAAGAUAG